GUGAACCGUUUGCGAGCUAAAGCCCAGGAGUAGCCUGGUAAAUGGGAGACUGCUUGCACAGUGGUUGCGCGGGAAGGCCCAACCGUGCGACCGCUGCUUAACGCGGACACCUCUGAAUCUUUCUGAUAUCUCAAUAAGAGAAUGAAGACACAAGCUCUGACAACAAGCAUGCGAACGCAUAGUUCCAGAUGCAAGCUGCGUGCCUGCACCGCUGCGUGUUCCUAAACUUGCAAAGGCGUCAUUAGUUUUACAUGAUGGAUAAGAUACGCUGAAAAGACUGCCAAUUCACCUCACUUUGUCACAAGCAUGUUGCACUCAACAUGUCAUAAGUACUGUCUACCCUGACUUGCAUACCAAUUGGGGGCUUGCAUGUUUGAAAGCGCCGACUAUGGCUUUACGAGCGGUGGGGCUCAGACCAGGGCUCCCCCUUCCCGCCCUUUGCGUCGGCGUCUUGGAGCGCUUCCCCUCUCGCUCGUCAUUGGCAUCCUACACCUAGUCAGCUGCAACUCAAUACGUCAAGAGCUAGCUGCGGAUGCCGGCGGGGCGGGGCUCGCGGCCCUCAGCGCUGCCCCUGACGCGGAGCCGUUCUGGGGCUGCGAGGCCCCGGCGCUGCCCCUCGGCGCCUUCCAUGUGGUGGUCUCCACCUUCAACGCCGAGCCGGAACAGCUACUGCCCUGGAUCUGGCACCUGGGACUGACAAACGCGGACGUGUACGUGUACCACCGCCUAGAGGUGCCCGGCAGAAGCAGCAGCAGCACCGGCAGUAGCAGCAGCACUGACCCCGCCUCACUGUACCGGGGCCUGGCGCUGCCGUGCGGCAUGCGGCUGCAGGUGCUGCCGCUGCUGCCCAACAAGGGCCGCGAGGCGGCGGUGUUCCUGACCCACCUGGUCACCCACUACCAGCAGCUGCCCCAGGCUCUGAUGCUAGUGCACGACCACGGCCCCGCCUCGCGCCACUCGCUGUGCGGCCCCUUCUACCGCCGGGCGCGCGGCUACUACCGCGGCCUGCUGGAGCGGGCGGAGCUGGCGGCGGGGGCGGGGGCGGGGGCGGGCGGGGGGCCGGUGCGGCCGGGGAAGCAGCACGUGUUCGCCAGGUUUGCGGGUAUGGUGGUGACACUGAGCAGUGGCUGCGCCGAGACCUGGGCCCGCGGCUGCUGCGCCGCCCUGCUGUGCUCCAACAGCCCGGCGGCAUGCCCCUUCCAGGGCCCCGAGGCCGCCAACUGCACCACCGCGGAGGCCGACCGGCGCUCCCCCACCGGCCAGCGGCAGUUCUACCUGCACGCCAAUGGCCAGUACGACCCGCGAUACGACAACCAGGUGGUGGGUCCGGGCGGCGCGCAGUACCCGGUGGCGCUCAUCCGGUACGCGGGGGCAGCGCACAGGUCCACCGAGAUGUGGAACAUCAGCCACGAGUACCCGCCCGACACCCAGCGCAGGAGCAAGGACGAGACACUGCAGCUCCUGCACGACCUGCUGGCCCGCCACGACACGGCGGCGCAGCGGCGCGGCCGCUUCAAGAGCUGCUGCGCCUCACUGCUGCUGCGGGCGGAGCACGUGCGCAGGUGGCCGGCGGCCCUGUACAGUGAGCUGCUGGCCUACAGCAUGGACCCCUCACUGGACUACGAGGCGACCAAGGCUGUGUCGGGUCCGGGCUGGGCGCUGUGGGCGGAGCGGGACUACAGCCGCAGGGACGUGCUGGACUACCUCAGGGUUGACACGCGGCUCAAGUCCAUCCAGGGCUGCCCCGCACAGCGCUGGCCGGCGCUGCAGCGGCUGCUGGCGGCUAUGCGGGGCCGGCAGGCGCAGCAGGAGGGGGCGUGAGCGCGGCGGUCGGGCGGGGGGGGGGGGGGGCGGCUGGGGCCAUGGGAAAUGAUGUUGCUGGUAUUACUGCUCAACAGCAAUGAGGGACCCAGUUGUGUAAAUACAGCGCACA